CUUUGUUCUCACUGCCACUAUGACAGUGACCUCGGGUUGCUGUUCAUAGUGACAGAGUGAGCUCUCUUCUGCUGGCUUGCUGGGUAGAAUCCAGGCCUCUGGCAGUAGAGGACAGCCUAGUGAAGGUUAAUCAAGGUCUUACUCCAGGCUCUGCUCUGAGGCUGGUCUCUUGGCCUCAUACCUUCUUUGCAGGCACCUUUCUUAUCUCGAGCUUCUUCACCUGGCCGGGAAUCCACGGUCCAGGACUAGCAGGCUCACGAAUCUGAGCAGUGUUCAUGCGAGUCACCAUGUCGUGGUCCUCGGUUCUGAAGAGUCUCCUUGCUGUCUGCAUCGUCACCCACUUGUCUGUCAGCUGUGUGGAGAGUUACAGAUGUGAAAACAAAGAAUGCGUUAAUGGGAGAUGCUUGUCUAAUCCAAGGACCUGUGAAUCCUCUAAAGGCUGCUUCUACCGAGCGCAGGAUUUUAAAGCACCACCGGAACCAGCCACAGACCUAAGGCUCCAUAAGAGAGGCUGUUCUAAAGACGAGUGUACUGAGCUAGCGUUCUCAGCAACCCUGGGGGGCAAUCGGACGUUUACAUAUGACUCCCAAUGCUGCUACACUGAGCUGUGCAACCAAGAGCCCAAAAGCGGGCCUCGGCCAUCUCUCCAACCCAAUGGUGUUGAAUGCCCUGCCUGUUUCAGUGACAAUGGCACGUGUCACCAGGUUCCCCUGAAGUGCACCGGAGUAGAGACGAAGUGUGUGGAGGUUACUGGAAGAGAAGUGACUGAAAACCUUCCCCCACAUGUGAUACACGGAAUGGGCUGCGCGACAAAAUCUGCCUGCAACUUGAAGAAUAUAACCAUCGGGAUAGACAUAAAGAUCGAUACCGUCUGCUCCAGAGGGAGCCCUCCUCUCCGGUCCAUCGCAUCCAUUCUGGCUGGUCUUUCCCUAAUGAGAGCCUUGCUUUGAUCCUUUGGGGACUGGCACUCCCAUGAUCCUUCUUCACAUUUAAACACAUCAGCAACCUUUCAUGACUCCUUUAACCAACAGGGGAGAAAUAAAGACCACUGAUUGUACUUUG